AUGUCUACCCCAGGCCCCGAAGACUCCCACUACACUAUACCACCACUACCAACACAACCACGAUCCACCACUACCUAUAUAUAUAUACUAUCUAUACCAGGUAUAGAAAUCAUCUACGAAGAUAUCAGUGAUGCAGAGGACAUUGGUAUUGGCGAUGGACAUAAUUGCAUGUCCAAAAACAUCAGUGAUGAUGACAUGGAUUUAGUAGAUGAAAAGUGUAGUGAAAACGGUAAUAAUGAUAUACAUAAAAUAGAUCACAAGAAUGACUCCAGCUAUGACGGCGACGAUGAAUUUUCCUCCGGCAACGAAACGGAAUCUGACGAAGAUAAAGAGUCCGAAUAUGAAGACUUUAAAGAUAAACACUCCAAAGAUGAAGACUCCGAAGAUGAAGACUCCGAAGAUGAUGACUCAGAAGAUGACCAUAAUGAUA